AGGAAGGACCGCCUCUUCUCAGGAACGCUUGCUGAUUGGUUGAAAUGACGUGACGUGAUUUUAAUACGUUGUGUUUUUCCUCCUCAGGUAUUCUACACAGCAGCGCUGUCAUUAGCGAGGACUGUAAAGCCAAGAUGUCGGAUUUGUUUGAUCUUUAUUACCCUGUUGAGAUCAACAACUCGAUGUCGGUGGAGGAGAAAAUCACUCACAUGGAGGAAUGGGUGUUGUGUGUGCAUUUAAGGGCGAUGUGAUCCACACGUUUAAUAAAAGAGAGGGCGCUCUACAGAACACACAGCAGUUCGUACACGAUCGCAGCAACGUGCUGCUGCUGGGAGAUUCGCUGGGAGACCUGGACAUGGCCGACAGCGUGCAGGGCCUCCGCAACAUCCUGCGCAUCGGCUACCUCAACGACAAGGUCGAGGAGAGGAGGGAGGCGUACGUCAGGUCUUACGACAUCGUGCUGGAGAAGGACGAGACGCUGGACGUCCCAAACGCGAUACUUAAUUACAUCACAGCGGAGAAACGAGACCACACGCCCGUCUGUAAGGUCACCCAGCCAAUGGGAAACCAGCAUCCCAGCCAGCAGCCAAUCAGGAUUAAGCUGGGGUUCGGAUAAUCUGUAAUAACGUGUCUUUUAUUAUUUUUUCCCCUCAGAUUUUAUAUUAUUUUUUAUACAUUUUUAUAAAUGGGGUGAGUUUCUCAUAUCUAAACAUUUGAGAUAUUUUCGCUCGUACAUUAAAACGUCCAUCUCCACUCUACGCUGUAAUCUCGUACAGGAGAUAAACUCGUAUGUUAUUCACAACGGAACAUAGAAAACAUAUUAAAAUGUUUAAACUAGGAAAUGGACCGUUUUAAGGGGAAAAUAAGGUCACUU